UAAAAGAAAAAAUAAUAAGGAACCCAAUUUUCUUUCUAAAAACUUCAGCGCCGUCUUGAAAAAAAAAAGAGAUCGCUCAAUCUACUCUCUAUGGUUACCAGCGAGCUUCGCUGUUGCCGUGAGAGGGUCUCCACUGUCUUUAUUUGUGUCCUCUCUGGUUGAAUUAUGAUUUCAGUGGGUGAAGCUUUGAUGUUGAGAAGUUGUGUGGUCCCUUGGCGUGCAACCUACUAGAUUUUCGGAUUACUUGCUAAGGUUCUAAGGAGCAUGUUCUCAAUCACGGCUGGUCUUUGAGUAGUCGAUCGCCAAACGUUCCUCUUCGUUGGCUGCUCGGGUUGAAGUGUUGUCCUCUUUGGGUUCUGUUGAAGAAGCAGUGCAAAGCUGAACUGUAUGUGGUGGACCUAACCCUUCACGCUGUCCCGAAAAAGACUCUUUUCCUUCACAGAUGGGAAAUUGUCAGGCGGUUGAUGCGGCGGCGUUGGUUGUACAGCAUCCCGACGGGAAACUCGAUAGAUAUUACGGUCCUGUACCCGUCGCUGAAAUCAUGCGUGUGUAUCCUGGUCACUAUGUUUCUCUUAUUAUUCCAUUACCGGAGACGAAUGUUUCGGCGACGACGACCAAGACGCUGGAAGAAGAUAAGAGUGAGAGAAGGGUCGUGAAGUUCACGCGUGUGAAACUUCUUAGACCAACGGAGAGUCUUGUACUUGGUCAUGCUUACCGUCUCAUCACUUCACAAGAGGUUAUAAAAAUUUUAAGAGCAAAGAAGUACGCGAAGACAAAGAAGCAUCAGAGUGAAACGACUGAAGAGAAGAAGAAGGUUUCUGAAGAAUCCGACAAGAAUCAGGAUCUGGAAACAAAUGAUGAGAAGCAACGUGCAGUGUUAACGAGCUCAGGAUCGUCGAAAUCGAGAACAUGGAGACCAUCAUUGCAGAGCAUAUCUGAAGCUACAAGCUGAUACUUAUUUUAGUUUUUGCUUUAGGGACAAGAAACAGAGUCUCUGUGUGGAUCAUCCGAAGGAACAAAUCUGAAAAGAAAGAGAAAUAAUAUAUCCUGAAUGAUCUCUUCUCUUUUAGAUUCCUUUCAGGUUAUUACAUAAAUUAAGAUGAAACCACUCUGUAGAGAUUACGAACUGAGUCCGUUUUUUGUCUUGUCAAAGUAUAUAAGUUCUCCAGAUGAAGAAACGAUCGAGAAGAAGGAAGUGUAUAACAUAUGUUUCGUAGUA